AUGUCUAAAAUAGAGGUUAUUACCGAAAAUGUCAAUAACGGACACACGGGAGAGUUGCAGACGAUCCAAUAUACCCAGUCACAGAUGGUGGGACACGGGUCGUUUGGGGUUGUGUUUGAGACGCAGAUCUUGCCGUCAAACGAGAUAGCGGCUAUUAAGAGGGUGUUACAGGACAAGCGGUUCAAGAACAGAGAGUUGCAGAUCAUGAAGUUGGUACACCACCGCAAUAUUGUGGACUUGAAGUACUAUUUUUACACAAAUAAUGAGAAGAGUGAGUUGUACCUCAACUUAAUUUUGGAGUUUGUGCCCGAAACGUUGUACAAGGCAAGCCAUUAUUAUGUGUCUAAGAGGUUGUCGAUGCCACUGUUAGAGGUGAAAUUGUAUACGUACCAGAUGUUGCGUGCGUUGAAUUACAUCCAUUCGCAAGGUAUCUGUCAUAGGGACAUCAAGCCUCAGAACUUGUUGAUCAACCCAGAGACGGGUGAAUUGAAGUUGUGUGACUUUGGAUCAGCCAAGAUUUUGAAUCCUGCUGAGCCAAAUGUUUCUUACAUUUGUUCGAGAUACUACCGGGCGCCUGAAUUGAUCUUUGGUGCUACCAACUAUACCACUAAGAUUGACGUCUGGUCUGCGGGUUGUGUCAUGGCAGAAUUGAUCUUAGGUCAACCUUUGUUCCCAGGAGAACUGGGAAUUGACCAAUUGGUGGAGAUUAUUAAGAUCUUAGGUACCCCUUCGAAAGACCAGAUCAAGAACAUGAACCCAAAUUACAUGGAACACAAAUUCCCUCAGAUUAAACCCAUCCCGUUACAGAAAAUUUUCAAGAAAAUGUCGAACGAUUGCAUCCAGUUUUUAAUUAAGGUAUUGCAAUAUUCACCUCACGAAAGAAUCUCGUGCAUCACUGCAUUGGCCGAUCCAUAUUUUAACGAGUUAAGAAACCAGACCACAAAACUACCAAAUUAUAGAAAAUUAUUUUCCAAGCAAUAUCAUCAAAAUUCCACUGGUGGAAGCUUAAACCAUCAUAACAAUGCUAAUUACCAGUUGUUCAACAACCAGCCGGACAUUAGGGAUUUACCUCAAUUGUUCGACUUUGACGAUCGUGAAUUGUCGGUCGAUCCUCUGUUGAACGACAUCUUGGUUCCUGAAUUCGCUUUGGAUAGCUUAAAAUUGUCGAGUGGUGAUUUACAAUCCUUCAGACCCUUGACAAGUGAAGAAUUAAGAGUCACUUUGGAUUAG